AGAGGAGGAGGAGAGGAGGAGGCCUCAGACGCCCCCCCCCACCCCACACACACCACCCCCGUGGGAAGGAGAAGGCGAAGGGGAAGGGGAAAGGAUAAAGAUGGGCUCGCAGGUGCUGCAGAUCCUCCGCCAGGGAGUGUGGGCCUCGCUGACGGGCGGCUGGUACUUCGACCCGCAUCAGAGCAAGUUCUCCAACUGCUUCCACCUCUACGUCUGGCUCUUCCUGCUCUGCCUGCCCUUCCUGCUCUUCAUGGCAAUACCGCCCAGCACCUCCGUGGCGGGCAUCUACUGUGCCGUGGUCGCCGUGUUCUUCACCAUGGUCAAGUCCAUCAACUACCGGCUGCAUGCCAUGUUUGACGAGGGUGAGAUCGUGGAGCAGCGGAACCCGUCGCUGGCCGCGGAAGGCAGCAAGUUGGAAGAGGGCGAGCUCGGCGGAGGAGGCGGCGGAGGCGGCGGCAGUGGCGAGGACAGCAGCAUCAGGGACCCGGGGGGAGGAGUGGAGAUGACGGUCUUUCGAAAGGCGAACACCACCCCGCCCGUGCGCUGCAGCUCGCAGCAUUCCGUCUUCGGCUUCAACCAAGUCUCGGAACUGCUGCCUCAACUGGAGGAUAACGGAGCUUCUAAAGGUAUCAGAGAUCUGGUCCGUGAGCAAGGCAGCAAGAACGUCAUUGUCACGUCGGCCGACAGGGAGUUACUGAAGCUGAACACGCUGGACACAGCAGAUGCGCAGAUGGCCAAUGAGUGCCUGUUGCUGCCCGAGCCGUGCCAGGUGGACACGUGCGGGGUGGCCAAGCGACUGCCCCCGCUACCCUCGCCCAUGGCUCUGGCGUAUCGCCUGGGCCCGGAGCCUGCCCCGUCCCCCUCGCCCACCGCCGGCCCCCCGUGCCCGCUCCUGCCUCACCAGCCCGGCCUGCUGGAGCCCGUCGAGGCCUGGCAGCCCGAGAGCCUGUGCGACGCGCUGCUGGGGCCCCUGUCCCGGGGCCUGGCGGAGGUCCCGGCCCACGGCGCAGGCCCCAGGCCCAGGCACGCGGCGACUGGCUCCACCGACAGCUGCUUCAGUGGCGCCGGCCGGGAGUCGCCCAGCACUGCCGGCAGCUACCGCAGCGAGAAGACCAGCUCCACCCAGCUGGAGAGCCCUUCGCAGGCCUUGCCGGCCGGCGGGGCUGGGGGAGACUCCACCCCGGGGGGGCCGCCGGCCAAGGAGGGGAGCGACACGGACGUCCCGUCCGACCCCGAGACCGGCCCCGGCCCCGUCCCCGUCCCGGCCGACCCCCUCACCUCCUGGCUGCCCCCGGCCGAGCCCGCCGUCUCUGACCAAGCCGUCCGGCCCAAGGACCUGAAGCUUGUCCGCCGCCGGGGCUCGGCCAGGAAGAAGCUGGGCAGGAGGCGUGCCGGCGGGAGCUACGACCGGCGCCGGGACCCCCCGCCCGGGCCGGGCCGCCCCUUCGCCGAGGGCUUCUUCGAGGACGAGGACUCCAGCGACGCCAGCGACGCCUCCAGCCUGCGCUCGCAGCCGCGCUACAGCAGCUCGUCCAGCUCGUCCAGCGCCACCUCCCGCUCCUGCUCGCCGGCUGGGCCGGGACACAGACGCAGGCCGGCCCGACCCCAACCCCAGCCCCAGCCCGAGCCGGCCGGCGAGGGGACCUCGACAAAGCCCCAGCCGCGGCCCCCCAGCACCGGGGGAGGGGGAGGGGAGCAGCCGGCCGCGGGCGGAGGCAGCACCCGCACGCUGACUGCCUCCAAGUCGGACCUGGAGGCCCGGGACGGCGAUCCCAGGGGCCGCGAGCGCUUCGCCCAGCGGCUGGAGUCCGUCGGCAGCGCCUGGAGCCACUCGGUCAGCACCGUUGGCUGGGCCAUCUCUCUCUCCAGCGAGGGGGCUGUCGGAGGAGGUAGGUUCCACAGGGCGGUGAG